GCGAACGCGGGUUUCUUCCGAGGCCACGCGAGUCGGAUCACGUCGAUGGGACACGAAGCGGGAGCGGCGAGCGUCUCCGAUCUCUUCCUCUCGACGACGACGAGGAGCCUGGUCGCGAGGGGGAUCCUCCAGUGGCGGUUCGUGAUAUUUAGCGCUAGUGCCGCCACUGGGAUCCUCUUGAGCGGGGCCUGCACGGCGUCUUGGGUCUUCAAGAGCAUCGACGAACAAAAACGAUUCUCCGGUGUCCUUGAUGUGUACUAUGGGGAAAUGCCAGAUAUUGCGUACACGGACUGGAGUCAGCCGGACGACACGUUGCAGUACUCAGGGAAUCCGGGAUCGGCGAUCGGCGAUCGGCGAACGGCGAUCGGCGAUCGACACUUCGUCUGCCCCGUUAAGGAGUUCUAUGGGGAAGCGGCCUCCACAGGCAUCCCGGUCUAUCACUACCCCUUCACAUACGUGAGAAUAUUCCCCUCGUCGAUCGCUCUUCGUUUUCGAGUCCACGAAAAGCGACCCGCCGAAACCGCGACUGCAACGAUGAGGUGGGAAGAGCGCUUUUCGACCCGAUCGAGUUUGAACCCUUGGGGAACCUGGAUGGGAACGAUUCACUCGGAGGAACUCCCUUUCAUCGAGGGAUUUCCGUUCCACAAGUCCCGUGGAUACACGAGACCGGAGACGAAUUUCACCACCAUCAUUUACACUCGCCUCGACGCCUUCCUCUCCGACGGAUAAAAAUCCCUUCGACUUCUCUUCUGCGUUCCCG